GAAGACACUUUAGGCUCGGGUCCCUCGGCCACAGCACGACAACAAAGAUGUCCGCCAACGGGGCCAUAACCCACGUCUGUGAGACCAGUGGCUGUAACUCUGAGGCCAAGCUUCAAUGUCCAACAUGUAUCAAACUAGGCAUUCAAGGAUCAUUCUUCUGCUCACAGAGUUGCUUUAAGGGUUCCUGGGACUCACACAAACUCCUUCACAAAAAGACCAAGACACCAUGGCUCACCCAACAGCUAGACAACUACUUGCAGUAUUUUCCUGGAUAUUCAAUAGUUCAGAGAGCAGUUACUCAGUUUAAGAAUAUUUCAGGAGCCAGUGAUUCCAACUCCUCGCAGUACAACCCCUGGCCAUACUACAUGUUUACUGGCAGUUUACGACCAUACCCUCAAAGCAACAAGAGAGAAGUUCCUCCUCCUAUAGGCAGACCAGACUAUGCAGACGACCCAAAUGGAUUCCCUCACUCAGAGCAGAAGUUACGAGGAUCCACCAACAUCAAGUGCCUUUCAGAUGAGGAGAUUGAGGGGAUGAGAGUGGCCUGCAAGUUGGCUCGAGAAGUUUUGGACGAGGGAGUGAAGGCAGCGGGCAUCGGUGUCACAACAGACGAGGUUGAUCGCAUCGUACACGAAGCUGCCGUCGAGAGAGAGUGUUACCCGUCACCCCUCAAUUACCACGGUUUUCCCAAGUCAUGUUGUACAUCAAUCAAUGAGGUCAUCUGCCAUGGCAUCCCAGACAUGAGGCCGCUGCAAAAUGGAGACAUAUGCAACAUUGAUGUUACGGUUUAUCAUCGCAAUUUCCACGGUGACUUGAACGAAACUUUGUUUAUUGGAGAAGUAAAUAGUAUAGCAAGAAACCUAGUCAAGACUACCUGGGAAUGUCUACAGAAGUCCAUUGAAAUAGUCAAGCCCGGUGUUAAGUAUCGAGACGUGGGAGCAGUCAUCCAGAAGCACGCCCACUCCCAAGGUUUCUCUGUAGUGCGCUCUUACUGUGGGCACGGCAUCCAUCAGCUCUUCCACACGGCGCCAUCUGUUCCACAUUAUACCAAAAACAAAGCUGUGGGCAUUAUGAAGCCUGGACACACCUUCACUAUUGAACCAAUGAUCUCAGAGGGUACUUGGAAAGAUGAGCAGUGGCCGGACAACUGGACCGCGGUAACUGCCGACGGGAAACUUUCAGCCCAAUUUGAGGAGACUCUUCUGGUGACGGAGACGGGGGUCGAGAUCCUCACUCAGCGUAGAGAGAGAAAUGGUCAACCAUACUUCACAGAUUAAAGUGUGAUGAAAAUUAGGCAAAUUUCCAAGUACUGUAUACUGGCUAGGAAAUUAUAUAUACCAAUGAAUUUAUCUGACAGCUCUUGUUUGCAAAUGUCCAUUGUAUGUGAAGAACUACAAGUGUACAUAACUAAAACUUUAUAUUUCAUAUUUUCAUGAUGUUCAACAUGGUAUUAGUACACAUACCAAGUCCAGUGAUUAUUUGUACUCCAUGAGGGAUCAUUUGUGAUAUGUAUGCCUAAUGUCUUUUAGGAGUUACUAUUAUUUUGUCACCAUUAAACCCUUAUCUGAUUGUUGUGCAUUGUAGCGAAUCACAUCCCCAGUAAUUCGAGAUCAGCAAAUAUUUUCUUGUCAGAAGAGAUACACAUUUUUUCUACCGAAUGAUAUCAAAUGUUCAGUUACUUUAAUAAUCUUGUAUGUUAUGUUUAUAUAUUAAUUUAAGUACAUCAGCUAUUAGGUGUACAGUUCAGUAUACAGUAUGUAUUGUUUGACUAUUAUGUAAUCCAGUUUAACAGUUUUAUAUACCAACUCAUAGAGAUGUGAUGCCAUCCUUUGUACAAUUUGUUAUUGUUGUAUUCCAUUGAAUGUAAUUAUGAAAAUAAAUCACCUGGUUUAAUUUUGUUCUCACAGGACUAACUGCUC